GGACCGAUUCGCACAGCUUAUAAGUGCCUCAAUCUGCCCAGUUCUCCAUGAUGCCCUGUGGGUCCUCUCUUACCUCCUCCUCAUCCCUCACGUUGUCAGGAUAAGCCCUUUAUGGCAGAACACGCGCUGAAUGCGAGUGGUGGUGAACCACAAGACACAGCCAACAAUAUUGUCCCAGAGGAUGAGGUUGACCUUUACAAUGAUUCCGAUGGAAACUCCAUCGCCACGAGUACCGACUCCCUUAGCUCCAGCAUCCUGAACUAUCAAUACGAAAAUGGAAGACGGUACCACGCCUUUCGAGAAGGCGAAUAUAUGAUUCCAAACGAUGAACGCGAACAAGAGCGACUCGACCUUCACCACCAUAUCUUCCGCCUCAUUAUCGGGGGGGAUCUUUACCGCGCCCCCAUCCCACCUGGAGUCUCUAGGAUUUUGGAUCUGGGUACAGGAACUGGGAGCUGGGCAAUUGAUGUCGCUGACGAACAUCCCCAGGCGGUUGUGAUCGGGACCGACCUAAGCCCCAUACAACCGUCAUGGGUCCCGCCGAACUGCAAGUUUGAGAUUGAUGACUUCGACUCAACCUGGGAUUAUAGCCAGCCGUUCGAUUUCAUCCAUGCCCGGAACAUAGAAGGAAGCGUUAAGGAUUACCACCGACUGUUCGGUCAAGCCAUGACUUAUCUUCGGCCCGGCGGGUGGUUCGAACUUGGCGAAUCGACGGUGGGUGUCUUCAGCGACGAUGAUACCCUCUCCCGGGCAACGUAUCUACUCGAAUGGCGCGACCGCUUAGUCGAAGCCAGCGAGAAGUUUGGAAAGCGGAUGGGAGUCGCAAAGAAUUACAAACAAUGGAUGAUCGACGCUGGGUUUGAGAAUGUCCGGGAAGAGAUCUACAAGGUCUGAUGAGAGAGGGAUUGAAGAUGCGAAUGAAGCGCUGAUGUUAGUGUUUAUUGCAGGUUCCCUUCUCGCCGUGGGCCAAGGACCAAAAGCUCAAAGAGCUGGGCUACUACCAGCAGGCCAUGAUGCUGGAGGCCCUUGAGGCGUACUCCCUUGCACUGUUUACCCGAGUGCUAGGUUGGAGCGUAGCUCGGAUCCAGCUCUUGCUGGUACAUGUGAGAAAGGAACUGUUGGAUCGUAGCCUUCAUAUCUAUUCGCGCUACUAUGUGGUAUACGGGCAGAAAAAGCGUUUGGAAUCAUAGUGCAGGACUAGAAUGCAAUGCAUUUGGAUCUUUUGGCGUGACGUUAAUGCCUGUCACUACGGUUCCCACGGGUCUCUCAUCAAAAAUCUCAUCACUUAAUGUAACCGGUCUUUGAGGAUCUCGCUGUGCUGUGAGUGGUAGAUUGGCACAAAAGCAAGGGUUUCGGUCAGGACAGAGCAGGGUGCGACGAUGGAGCCUCGCUCCUAUACGACUACGACGAUGCUACUGAAGCAACUUAGAAACCAAAAGUAUGCUCAAUUCUCGACACUAUCUAGGGAAGAGGCUCGCCUUAUAUACCCCUUCCGCUACGGGCUCCGCCAUACCUAGUAUGGCGGAGGCCGCGGCCCAGCAGUAUCUAAAACAGGAAAAUUGAAGAUAGGGGAGUGCCCCCGGCACAGCAGGAGGUGAGGAUCUUAUUAGUGUUAGUUACUUUUUGGAAAUUAAUCAUAACUUUCCAUAACUGUCCACAACCGUAUCACUACUGGGAUCCGCCAAGACCUGCAGGCCGCUACGUAUUCCUUCACGUUUAAAUAAGGAGACAUCCCA